AAUCAUUUUAAAUUCGGGGUUUCUUCUUCUUAUACACAGAACUAUCCUAAAUUUCUCCGCCUCCUUUUCAUCUUCUCUUUCUCGUCCCCUUUUAGGGCUACAGACACAAUAGAAAUCUAUCAUGGCUUCCUCCUUCGCGUCGCAAAUUCACUCUCUGGGCAACGUUUCGUUUAGUCCCAGAAGAAAUGUAAAUUAUAAAUCAGUCUCACCGAGAACUGCGUUUCUGGGUCAAACGGUUGGGAGAAAAGCACAAUUUGGCCUACCAAACGCAGCUUUUUUGAAUCUGAACAAUCACGCGAGACGGGUGCAUAACGUGGGGCCCGUGAAAGUCGUGAAUGAGAAGGUGGUGGGGAUCGAUUUGGGGACGACGAACUCGGCUGUGGCGGCGAUGGAAGGAGGGAAGCCGACGAUAGUGACGAAUGCGGAGGGUCAGAGAACGACGCCUUCUGUGGUGGCGUAUACGAAGAACGGGGAUAGAUUGGUUGGUCAAAUUGCGAAACGGCAGGCCGUUGUGAACCCGGAAAAUACUUUCUUUUCGGUGAAGAGGUUUAUUGGGAGGAAGAUGACGGAGGUGAAUGAGGAGUCGAAGCAGGUGAGUUAUAAAGUUGUGAGAGAUGAGAAUGGAAAUGUGAAGUUGGAGUGUUCUGCUGUUGGGAAGCAGUUUGCCGCGGAGGAGAUUUCAGCUCAGGUUUUGAGGAAGCUUGUGAAUGAUGCAUCGAAGUUUUUAAAUGAUAAAGUGACUAAAGCUGUGGUUACAGUCCCUGCUUACUUCAAUGACUCACAGAGGACAGCAACAAAGGAUGCUGGUCGUAUUGCUGGCUUAGAAGUUCUUCGUAUCAUCAAUGAGCCUACUGCUGCUUCACUAGCAUAUGGAUUUGAAAAGAAAAACAACGAGACUAUCCUAGUGUUUGAUCUUGGUGGUGGCACUUUUGAUGUUUCAGUGCUUGAGGUUGGUGAUGGAGUGUUUGAAGUGCUGUCUACAUCAGGAGAUACACAUCUGGGUGGGGAUGACUUUGAUAAGAGGAUUGUUGAUUGGCUUGCUGCAAACUUCAAGAGAGACGAAGGCAUGGACCUUUUGAAGGACAAACAAGCUCUUCAACGGCUAACUGAGACCGCUGAGAAAGCCAAAAUGGAGUUAUCAUCUUUGACUCAGACAAACAUCAGUUUGCCUUUCAUCACUGCUACUGCAGAUGGUCCUAAACAUAUAGAGACCACCAUUACUAGGGCCAAGUUUGAGGAAUUGUGUUCAAAUCUCCUUGACAGGCUCAAGAAACCAGUUGAAAACGCCUUGAGUGAUGCAAAACUUUCCUUCAACGAUCUGGAUGAGGUGAUCCUUGUUGGUGGAUCAACACGUAUUCCUGCUGUUCAGGCUUUGGUGAAGAAGAUGACUGGAAAGGAACCCAAUGUUACUGUCAAUCCUGAUGAAGUAGUUGCUCUAGGGGCUGCAGUUCAGGCGGGUGUUCUGGCUGGAGAUGUUAGUGACAUUGUGCUUUUGGAUGUAACUCCGCUAUCUAUUGGUCUAGAAACUCUGGGUGGUGUUAUGACCAAAGUAAUUCCAAGAAAUACCACUCUACCCACCUCCAAAUCAGAGAUUUUCUCGACAGCUGCAGAUGGACAAACCAGUGUUGAAAUUAAUGUCCUUCAAGGUGAAAGGGAGUUUGUUAAGGACAACAAAACUCUAGGUAGAUUCCGUCUAGAUGGUAUCCCGCCGGCACCACGUGGGGUCCCCCAGAUUGACGUUAAGUUUGACAUUGAUGCCAAUGGUAUUCUCUCUGUCUCUGCCAUUGAUAAGGGCUCGGGCAAGAAGCAAGACAUCACCAUUACAGGUGCUAGCACCUUGCCCACAGAAGAGGUAGAGAAAAUGGUGCAAGAAGCUGAGAGGUUUGCACAGGAGGACAAGGAAAAGAGAGAUGCUAUAGACACAAAAAACCAGGCAGAUUCCGUCGUUCACCAGACUGAGAAGCAGCUGAAGGAGCUUGCAGACAAAGUUUCGGCUCCAGUCAAAGAGAAGGUUGAGGCAAAACUAAAGGAGCUCAAGGAUGCAAUUGCAACAGAGUCAACCAAAGCAAUGAAAGAUACCAUGGCUGCCCUUAAUCAAGAAGUCAUGCAACUUGGUCAGUCCCUUUACAACCAACCAGGUGCUGGACCUGCGCCCGGCACUGAAGCUGGACGAUCAGAUUCAUCAACCAAGGGACCUGAUGAUGAUGUCAUUGAUGCGGAUUUCACUGAGAGCAAUUGAGCAACUGCUCAGUCGUUUUUGCCUCUCUUGGUUAUGUGUAGAAGGAAUUUUAGUUUUUUGGGUUUUGGAUAUGGCUUGAGCUGUAUUUUUUGCUGUCACUUUUGUUUCAUGAGGAACAGAUUCAUAUUGUUUCUAGGAAAUAUACAGGAUGAUUUAGAGACCAAUAGAGAAAAUCCACAGUGGCAAAACUUGUUUCUUAUUUUUGUAUAAUUUUUUAUAUAAAUGUUAGUGAAAUAAUUAUACAUGCAGAAAAUAUUUUUGCAAGCAUAAA